AAAGGAGCAGGGACACAGCCGAUCCAUCCGAUCCAACCGAUCCAUCCGCCAGAAGACCCAGAAGGACCCACGGAAGAGCCAGGAACCAGGACCCAGGACCCAGGACAAGAUGUGCGACUGUGGAUGCUAUUCGUAUUGUCUGCAUGACAGCGGGUCCUGCUACAGUCACUACCAUUCGCAUUCGCACUCGCAUUCGCAUCAUUGCUGUGCGGGAUACAAGUAUCUGAAGUGCCUCUGUCGCUAUUAUCGUCAUGUGCACUGCACCUGUUCCUGUUGGCGUCGGAAAUGCUAUCUUCUGUAAGGAGAAGGAGAAGGAGAAGGAGGAGCAGGAAGGAGGACUCCUAGAAGGAUGAGCAGCACACCACACACACACACACACACACACACACAAAUCACAACUCAAACAACGCAAAUCACACAGAAAUCACAUGAUAAAGUCCUUUAAGUAGUUGCAUAACACUUGGCUGCAUCCAAUCGAACACAGAGGGAAGGAGAAACGAAAGGAAAGGAUAGGAAAGGAAAGGAAAAGAAAAGGAGAAGGCGUCGGUCGUCGGUCGUCCGGUCGUCUGGCAGUGGGUUUUUUUGUGUGGCAACUAGCGUGCAUACGGGUCGUAUGUGCAACGUUUUCAGUUGUUUGUGUGAGUGCGAAAGAGAGAGCGAGCGAAAGAGUGUGGUGUGGUGUGGUGUGAUGUGGGUUGGUAGGGGGCGUCCCGUGAGUGCUACAGUGUCUGUGCUGUUUGUCUGUG